ACCUCAUACCAGAACUGCUGCUGGCAUAACUGUGGCUGAAACCAGAAGGAAAUGAGCUAUCUCCUUGCUCGCUUCAGAAACAGAGAUCCUCGCACAGGAAUGGAAGCUAUGAAAAGGCAAAGCUCUCACCGGGAGCAGGAGGAUAUUGAGUUACAAAGAGAAGAGGUUAAUGGGGAGGAAAGUGAGGCUGAUCAUAGUGUGCCUCUGAAUUCACAAACGGCUGCACCCAAAAAGAACAGAGAUCACUGGAAAUCAUGCAGCAAUGUCAUUUUCUGGAAGUGUAAACUAUGGAUGCUUAUAGCUACGAUUUUUAUAGUGCUCCUCCUGGUAAUUCUCAUCAGUGUAGUUCUCUAUUCUAACGUUUACACAGAUGAGGAUGACUACUGGGAUCCUGAUGAACUACUACAUAGUGGAAACUAUCGCAAUUUUUCUGGAAAAUUCAAGUUGAAGUGUGGUCUUCCACACAUUUUCUCUGAAGACAUCACUAAGAGGUUAACAGAUGUCUACAGCUCGUCUCCAGCUCUGGGACAUUACUUUAGGUCAGCUCAAGUGGUUUAUUUCAGUAAUGAAAGUGCUACUGUAUUUUAUCAGCUGGAGUUCUCUGUACCACCAGCAACAGAGGGGUUUAUGGAAAACACAAUGAAUCCAGAGUUUAUAGGGAAUGUUUUACGUCAAAAUAUUUACGAUGAAGAAGAUACUCUUCAUCAUGGGACAUCCGAAUGCACCAAGCUACAGCUUGACCCAACUUCUCUUACAUUAACAGGCUCUGUGGAGGUGAUGAACAGAAAGGCCCAGUCGGUCCAGGCAGGCGGAAACGUUACUUUUUCAUGUCGGCUGAUCACGAAUGAAGAUGUGCUACAAGUGACCUGGCAGAAGGAAGUGGAAGGGGUAGAUGACAAUAUAGCAACGUACAGUACCAUAAACGGCCAAAAGAUUGCGAAGAACUACAGCAGCUAUGUGAGCUUUGCCCACAGUGGGCUACAAGCCUCGGCCAUCUCCCUUCAGGGAGUCACUUUCCAAGAUGAGGGAUGCUACAAGUGCAUCUUCAACACGUUUCCCUCUGGGGCUGUCACUGGCAGGAUGUGUCUCCAGGUUUACGCCAUAUUGGACCACAAAGUGGAAGCUAAGCUUCUCCUCAGUCCGGACAAAGCCAAGAAUGAUGACAAAAUGGUGGAGAUCAGCUGCUCAGCAACAGGGAAGCCAGCUCCAAAAAUCACUUGGUGGCUUCCCAGUGCCCUGCAGCAGAAACCAAGAGAGUACCACAUAAGAGUCAGCAACCAGACCGUGACCGUCAUCAGCAAUUUCACCUUCACCCACUCCAAAAUCCUCCAGGAGUAUCCUGUUGCGUGUGUGAUCCAACACCCAUCUCUAAACGUGACCCUGUUCCUGCCCACAGACAGCCUGAUGCAGGGUCAGGAUGCAGCCGUUGUGCCAGCCCUUGCCAUCACAGCUGGGGUGUUAGUUCCUCUGAUCUCCCUCCUUCUCUUUGGAUUCCUCUUCUGCCACUACCUGAGGCAGCUGCAUGAUUCAGAGGGACAUCGAGCUGGGCCCUGCUGGGUCCUUCCUGUAUGCACCAAGGACAAGUGUGGAAAGGAUAAAGUUAUUGGCAAGCAAGCUCCAGCUGAACCCUCCACCUCUGGUGCGCCUUUGAAUACGUGA